AUGCCAAAGAUUAGAUCAAGCAGGACAAAACGUCCACCAGAGGGUUUUGAUGAGAUUGAGCCAACACUUUUGGAAUUCCAGCAAAAAAUGAAAGAUGCUGAGAAUGACCCACAUGAAGGCAAGAGAAAGAUAGAGGCAUUAUGGCCGAUUUUUCGACUUCAUCAUCAACGAUCUAGAUAUGUGUAUGAAUUAUUUUAUAAACGCAAGGCGAUUUCAAAGGAGCUGUACGAAUAUUUGUUAAAGCAAGGAUAUGCAGAUGGAAACUUGAUUGCUAAGUGGAAGAAGGCCGGAUAUGAGAAAGUAUGUUGUUUGAGAUGUAUUCAGCCCAAGGAUACCAAUUUCGGGACGACAUGUGUAUGCAGAGUUCCAAAAGAUAAACUUGAGGAUGGCAAAGUAAUCGAGUGUAUACAUUGUGGAUGUAGAGGAUGUUCCAGUGGAAGUGGCGCAGGAUCUGCAGGAAAGAAAGACGGACCAUCAGCAUUGCAAAACUAG